GAUCGGGUCGGUGCAACAAUAAGGGAGGCUUACUUCAGUAUCACAACCACAGUGGAAGGGCAUAAGCGCGUUGCUGAGUUUGAACACCGAGCAUGGACUGCUGGAGUGUAUUUAUACUUAUACUCUCUUGUCCACAGGUUCAAGUUGUUAGCAAUGGGAUUUUCUCUCCCUUGUUCUUCUCCCUAAAUCUGGGCAAGGUGUUUUCCACGGCAAUUUGAGCCCAGUCUGCCUGUCACCAUGGUACUCUUCAACAUCGCCGCGCUCGUGGCCAUCGCGGCAUCGUUCGUGUCCGCCGCGGUGCCGAACUCGGCGCGCUUCGACCUCUCCAAGCCGUCGUACGACCUUUUCCGGUCCAAGCGCCUGCACGACGACACCGUGCAGCAGGGCUUCACCUUCGACAACGUCAACCGGCGCCUGUUCGUCUCGCAGCGGCGCAACGGCGCCAGCACCACCUCGGGCGACCUGUGCAUCACGCAGCUCGACUUUUCCGGCAAGGAAGUCGCGCACAUGUACCUGAAAGGGUUCGGCCACGGCGUCUCCUUCGCCGCACAGGCCGACGGCUCGGCAACCUACCUCUGGACCGAGGUCGACGCCAACAAGAACGGCUACGGCCAGCGGCUAGCACGCUUCAAGUUCGUCCCCGGGACCACCCUGACCAAGUCCUCCUCCGCCCUCAAGAAAUACACCCCCGUCGCGGCCGCCACCGAGCACACGUGCGCCAUCGACCCGGUCCACAACCGGCUCGUGGUGCGGUACCACCUGAGCAACGGUGGUGGCAAGCAUAUCGCCGUCUACGACCUUGCCGCGGCCACCAGGGGCGACUUCUCGCGGCCGCUGGCCGACUUCAAGCAGCCGCUGCCCAAGACCAAGGGGAAGAACUUCCAGGGCUAUGCGGCGUACGGGCGGUACCUGUACAUGCUCUGGGGCGACUCGUACGACGCCAGCCCCGGCGGCGUGCUCAACUCGGAGGUGGCGAGCGUCGAUAUGAAUACGGGCAAGGUCGUGCAGGGCCCACUGAUUACCAGGGCCGGGUCGACGCUGAGUUUCCGGGAGCCCGAGGGGCUGGCCAUCUAUAAGACGGCGGGUGGGGAGGUGAGACUGUUUAUGGGCUUUGCGUCCGGGAAGACCGGGGAUCGGAGGGCGAAUUUGUUUUAUAAGAACGCGACUGUGGCUUGAGUUAUCGCCGUGCGGUUGUUGG